AUCUCGCCGGCUAUUGCAACCUGACAAGAUCUGUAAUACUUGGGUGAUGAAUCGUUCCAAACUUUUUUGACGAUGCUGGCAGCUCGGGGCUGUGCGCAUGUGCGAAGGUGUCCAAACUGACAAUGCUGGAGAGAUAGUGCGUCUGCGAUUGAGAAUCACAGAGAAAAAGGACAGAGGAAAAAAGAAAAAGGAGGAAAAGAUUCGAGAAAAAAUCCGACGAACCCACGCCGAAAGACGGGCAUCAUGAGGUCCAAAGGCAGGGCAAGGAAACUGACCACUGGAGACGGAGAGGACUUUUCUCUUUUUGCCUCUGAUGACCUGGAAGAAGUUGUCGGAGUAUCUGAUGCAGAUUUGCUCCCAUUGGCUCCUGCUGAUGACCUUCCCUCUCCCGGCCUAUUGGGUGAUGCGGUUUCCCCAGUCACCCCUUUUCCUUACCACCCAUCAUUCCACACUUCAAUGUACCAACCCAACGAUGCGGUCGAAACGGUUCCCCCAGACUUUGAGCUCCGCGAGUCAGCGGCUUUCAGAGGAAACCUGGGUGUGUGGACCCGCAGGAAACUGGAGGUGGGAGAACGUCUGGGACCCUAUGAGGGAACGUCAAGACACAGCCCGGAAAACGUCACCCAGGGAUGGGAGGGUGAACAGGCAGGUUUGGAUGGGAGCGUGUGUGAUAGCAGGAGCUGGCUAAGGCACGUCCAGAUCUCACCAUCCACCCACCAACACAACCUCACAGCCUGCCAGAUACAUGAGCAGAUCUUCUACCGUGUGGUCCGUGAGGUCCAGCCGGGUGAGGAACUCUUGCUGUUCAUGAAGGCUGAGGAGUUUUCAUAUGAAACCAUGGCUCCAGACAUACACGAGGAGCGUCAGUACCGCUGUGAGGACUGUGACCUGAACUUCGAGUCUGGUUCGGAGUUAUUGGACCAUCAGAAACAUGCGUGCGGGACUCCUCCAUCCUCCGGCUUCAAGCUGUCUAAGCAGGGUUUGCCCAGCGCUGAUGACGACACUGAUCUGGAGCCGCUUCACCUGCACGCUCUUCCUCCAAACUUGCCUCGCUCACCACAGGAGUGCAAAGAGUGCGAGCAGGUCUUUCCUGAUGCCCAGAGUUUGGACACUCACUCUCUGUCUCACUCGGACGAGCGGGAGUACAAGUGCGAUCAGUGCCCGAAGGCCUUCAACUGGAAAUCCAACCUGAUUCGCCACCAGAUGUCACAUGACAGCGGCAAGCACUAUGAAUGUGAAAACUGCUCAAAGCAGGUGUUCACAGACCCCAGUAACUUGCAGAGGCAUAUCCGCUCUCAGCAUGUAGGGGCGCGAGCUCACGCCUGCCCCGACUGCGGAAAGACCUUCGCCACCUCUUCAGGCCUUAAACAACACAAACACAUCCACUCUUCCGUCAAGCCCUUCAUAUGUAAGUCACUCAGACCCUUCAUAUGUGAGGUCUGCCACAAAUCUUACACGCAGUUUUCCAAUCUCUGCCGCCACAAGCGCAUGCACGCGGACUGUCGUACUCAGAUCAAAUGCAAAGACUGUGGGCAGAUGUUUAGCACCACAUCAUCCCUAAACAAGCAUCGGCGCUUCUGUGAGGGUAAAAACCAUUUCGCUGCUGCCGCAGGAGGGUUGUUUGCGCAGGGCAUGGCCCUCCCUGGCAACCCUGGCCUGGACAAGUCCGCACUGGCUGGAAUGAGCCAUGGGAGUCCUGGUUUAGCAGACUAUUUUGGGACAAACCGGCAUCAUAGUGGGCUGACGUUCCCAGCAGCCCCUCCGGCAUUCCCAUUCAGUUUUCCAGGACUUUUCCCAUCAGGACUUUACCAUCGGCCCCCUCUAAUCCCAUCCACAUCACCUAUUAAUGGUCCUCCGAGCACUGAACUACGGAAGAGUCCACUGCUGUCCUCACCCAUUUCUGGGUCGCAUGAGCUCUUGAAGAGCUUACGUAAGGAUUCAUUCAAUGGGGAGAGCGAGAAUAUGGAGCGUCAGAGAGAAGGAUCCAUCUCUAAGCCAAGGCAUGGCGGGAAGAUGAGCGACCAAUCGGAGAGUAGCGAUCUGGAUGAUGUCAGCACUCCCAGCGGGAGUGAGUUGGAGAGCACUUCAGGUUCAGAGCUGGACAGCGAAGUAGAAAGUGACCGGGAACGGGUGCGAGUGCGGGAGAACGGGAAAGGACCAAAAAGGAAGUCCAGCGGGUUCAAUGAUGCCCAGAGCCCUACUCUUGUUAGCUCCAGUAAUAGUAGCAACACUAAUAAUGUCAAAGACUUCCCUACGCCAGGGCUUCUGCCGCCAUCUCUGGAUGAGCAAACAGCCGUUUCUGGUGCUGUUAAUGACUCGAUUAAGGCAAUUGCCUCCAUUGCUGAGAAAUAUUUUGGUUCUACUGGACUUGCAGGCCUGCAAGACAAGAAAGUUGGGGCAUUGCCCUACCCUUCCAUGUUCCCUCUGUCUUUCUUUCCAGCUUUUUCUCCAUCAGUCUAUCCAUUCCCUGAAAGGGAACAGCUUAGACCUCCGGGCCACAAAGGGGAACCAGAAAGCCCUCCGGUUGAGAGUAAAAAGCCUCAGGGCAGAAAUGCUGAAUCACCUUUUGACCUCACCACAAAGCGGAAAGAAGAGCGACUUGCUGCCACCUGCGCCCCUGUAAAACCAGAAGCCUCACACGUACAAUCAACCAACCAGGAUCAGCCGCUGGACCUGAGUCUUGGCAGACGAAAUCGAGGAAAGAGUGAACGAGGGGAGGAGUUAAAAAAGAGCUCUGCCUUUAGUGAGGAGAGGGUGGAACCUGAGCCACCCAAGACCGACCCAUCCCUUCAACACGCAAGACCUAUGCCAUUCUUCAUGGACCCCAUUUACAGCAGGGUUGAGAAGAGAAAGAUGAAUGAUCCUUUCGAAGUCCUCAAGGACAAAUACAUGCGGCCAGCUCCUGGAUUUCUCUUCCACCCACAGUUUCGCAUGCCUGAUCAGAGAACAUGGAUGUCGGCGAUUGAAAACAUGGCUGAAAAGCUAGAAUCCUUCAGCUCUUUGAAGCCAGACGGCGGUGACAUCAUGCGUUCUGUUCCCUCUAUGUUCGACUUCCGGGCUCCACCCACUACACUUCCCGAAACAUUGUUACGCAAAGGCAAAGAGCGCUACACCUGCAGAUACUGUGGCAAGAUAUUCCCACGCUCGGCCAACCUUACGAGACAUCUACGGACACACACAGGGGAGCAGCCUUACAGAUGUAAGUAUUGCGAUCGCUCGUUCAGCAUUUCGUCGAAUCUUCAGCGCCACAUCAGGAACAUCCACAACAAAGAGAAACCCUUCAAAUGCCACCUGUGCGACCGCUGCUUCGGGCAACAGACCAACCUGGAUCGGCAUCUCAAAAAGCACGAGAAUGGUAAUUUAGCAGGCACGGCGAUGUCGUCACCGCGUUCGGAGCUGGACAGCGGCAGUGCCAUCUUGGAGGACAAGGAAGACUCGUAUUUUAAUGAAAUACGAAAUUUCAUCAGUAAUACGGCUCGAAACGCCACAUCUCCAUCACAGUCUGAAGAAGGACUGAACGGGAGUCAUUUUGACGGAGAUAAAGCUUUGUCCGGCCAGGGGUCACGUGACCUGGAUGAAGAGGAGGGGGAGGAGCUUGGAGCAGAGGAAGAGGAGGCGGAGCAUAACGACGGUGCUAGGAAAGCGGGCGAUGACGGAGUGCCAACCAAUCUAGAUCAGGACAUCAUAAAUGAUGACAUGGAUUUUGAGGGACCGGAUGAUCUGGAGAUGAACAGUAAAUCUUCACCGCAAAGGUUUGAUGAGGAUGAUGAAGAUCAGAGCAGCUUCUCCACGCUGGAUCACAUCCGUCACUUUAGUAUGGAGGAUGGGGAUCUCAGUGAUGGGGAUGUCAGCAGCUUUGGUCCCGCCCAUCUGCAAGAAGGCAUUAAGCAGCCUCUCUACAGGAAGUCAAAAUCACAGGCAUAUGCUAUGAUGCUGUCUCUAGCCGAUAAGGAUCCACUCCAUUCGUCUACCCAUAAUGCCCCAAUGUGGCACAGUUUGGCUCGUGCUGCAGAACCCAGCGCCAUUCAAUCUCUCAGUCACGUAUGACACCCCGACGGGACUUAACAUUCUGCUACACUACAACCAGAGACGCUGGUCCACAAACACACUGCACAAGAGACAAGUGCCCGAGUCCAUGUAACACACACACACACCUUCCCCAUGUACAUGAACAAAUCAUUGAUCAAGUAGGAAUGACAGUAGUGUUUGAUGGUGAUGAUGAAGACGAUGACAUAUUAGUAAAUUCGUAAUAAUAGUUGUAUUUAUUCUGUCCAGUUCCAGUGUUUUGCACAGCAGUGGCAGCUGGUGAACCGUUUUUGAAACAUUGGUGUUUGUGAGUUUUGUCCGAUGUUACUGAGAGUAACACACCAGAGUCUUCCACAAGACAAAAUGUGAUCGCAGAACUAUUCAGGCACAAAACGCCUGCCGGCCUGUAAAUAUACUGAACAUUAAUGACAUCACACAUCAUACGCGAACGCAAAUACAGACAAAUCAGCCGUGUAAGCAUUUCAACAGUUUUUAUUUCUGGUCUUGUACACAAACGUACAAACACAAGAGGUCGUUGGUGUUUCUCUUUGAAGUGAAUUUAUAAACCGAUAAAAGGUGUGACCUUUAAACCUCUCACUGACGCUGCUUGUACAAAUAAAAAAAUUAAUAAAAAAAAUGGUGUAAAGGAGCAAGACAGUGACUCUUUCAGGUUCUGUCCGAUAAAAGCACUGCAUUACCUAAAACCCACUUUCAAGCCCAUUUGUGCGAAAACUAUUGAGCCAGAUCAGUGUAAAAAAUAAUACAUUUACAAAAUAUAAUUCAUACAUCCACAACGCAAAUCACAUUUACAAAAUACAAUUCGUAAAUUCAAAACACGAUUCAAAAAUACACAAAUCCAAUUCGUCAAUUCAAAAAUACACAAAUCCAAUUUGUAAAUUCAAAACAUGAAUCCUAAAUACACAAAUUCAAUUUGUUAUUUCAAAAUAAGAUUCAUAAAUACACAAAUCCAAUUUGUAAAUUCAAAACACGAUUCAAAAAUACAAAAAUCCAAUUCGUCAAUUCAAAAAUAAACAAAUGCAAUUCGUAAAUUUAAAAAUAAACAUUUAAUUCGUAAAUUCAAAACACGAUUCCUAAAUACACAAAUCUAAUUCGUCAAUUCAAAAAUACACAAAUCCAAUUCAUAAUUUCAAAAAUAAACAAAUCCAAUUUGUAAAUUCAAAACACGAAUCCUAAAUAUACAAAUCCAAUUCAUCAAUACAAAAAUACACAAAUCCAAUUUGUAAAUUCGAAACACGAUUCAUAAAUACACAAAUUCAAUUCGUAAAUUCAAAACACGAUUCCUAAAUACACAAAUCUAAUUCGUCAAUUCAAAAAUACACAAAUCCAAUUUGUAAAUUCAAAACAUGAAUCCUAAAUACACAAAUUCAAUUGUUAUUUCAAAAUAAGAUUCAUAAAUACACAAAUCCAAUUCGUAAAUUCAAAACACGAUUCAAAAAUACAAAAAUCCAAUUCGUCAAUUCAAAAAUAAACAAAUGCAAUUCGUAAAUUUAAAAAUAAACAUCUAAUUCGUAAAU